AUGCUGAAUAGGGCCUUUACGGCGCCGGCGGGUGGCCGUGUCGGCAUUCUUCUGCUGGUCGCUAUCCUGCUCAUCACUAUCUUGGCCUUCACCUAUCCGAGUCUCAAGCCAAGCCUACCAGCAUUUCGAGGUCGGACAGGAAUCAACAACGAUGCCGUUGGCAAGGGAGACUUAUUAGAUGACGUGCUCAAUGCGACACUUGGGUUUGAGAAGAUCUUCGUGGUGAACUUGCCGCUCAGAACCGAUCAUAGAGAUGCCAUAUCACUUGCUGCACACUUCACGGAGCUGCAGGUCGACUAUGCGGACGGCGUGACUGACGUGGACUCGAGAGCGUUCCCACCGUGGGGUAAUGAAUCAGACCUCGCCUUGGGCGGCCUGAAAAGCUGGCGUGCUCACAUGAAUGUUGUUCGGAGAAUGGUUGAAGAGGACAUAAGCUCUGCCCUUAUCUCGGAAGAUGAUGCAGACUGGGACCUACGAAUUAAGUCACAAAUGCACACCUUCGCGAGAGCAUCGAGACUGUUGGUGCAGCCACUGCGCGGUACCCAAGACCAGUUUCUGGACCCUAGCUACCCGUCUCCAGCGAUUGGUGAAGAUGCUGCGGAGUUCAAUAUAUCGUCAGACUAUGGCGUCGAACUCCCUACAUCUUCACCCUAUGGAGAUCUCAGGCACUGGGAUGCUUUGUGGCUUGGCCACUGCGGCUCUGACUUCCCAGCAGCCAGUGAUCUGAAGGCACCUCUUGGUCGGGUGGUCAUCCCAAACGACGAUACUGUUUCGACCAAUGUCAACAAAGAAUUCGGCGGCGAAGGCAUCUUUGCAUACCCACCGCGAACGCGUGUGGUCUCGCGCGCGUGGCAAAGUACUUGCACGUUUGGCUAUGCGAUUACCUUACCCAUGGCUCGUCGUAUCCUGUACGAACAAGGCGUAUGGAAAGUCACCGGACCUUUCGACAUGAUGCUCCGCUCAAUGUGCCAUGGAUCUGAGGGACGGCGAACAAGGACUUGUCUUGGUGUGCAGCCAGCACUAUUUGCACAGCACAAACCGAUUGGAAACGAAGCUACCUUCAGCAAUAUCGACGAACACCAUGAAGGUUACAAUGCCGUUCCGCAGACGCCGAAUAUCGUCCUGUCUACCCGGGUCAAUUUUCCAAAGCUGAUUGAAGGCGAGACGGACUAUCACGAGUCUUUCGGGAGCGGCAAGACAGGACGAUGA